CUGCCUGGUGCCAUUGGGGUUAGGGCUAUGGAGGGAGGUACCAUGGCUUGGGAAGUGUCUGGGGACUGUCACUAACCAGCAGAAAGGGAGCCUUGUGAAGGACAGGGAGGCAUCAAAGGUUGGCAAUCAUGCCCUCAGUGGCUGUGGGGCCAGGCACAAUCUGGCUGUGCCUCUUGCAAGCACAGCACCACAUCUCCCAUCCCACCAUUCCCCUUCCAGCUGGUUGCGGAUCAUCCCUCUCCACCCAGCUGGGGCAGGGGCCAGGAAGGGGAUGUUUCAUCCUUGUGGUGAUGCUCAGUUUAGGAUGAAGAUGCUCCUGCAUUUGCUGGUUAGGGCCAUCAACCCCUUGGCAGGACUGUGGGGAGAAAGGGAAAGCAAAAAGCCUGGAGCUGGUGGUGGGAAGGAGCCACGGGGGAAACGCCGCGGCUCUGGCGGCUGCUGCCGUUGCUGUGGGCUGGGACAGGAGGUCACUUGCCAACCCACAGGAAGUAGUGAGGGGUUCCCAGAAGGGAAAUGAGGAACAGCUCUUGCCUCAGAAGUGGCCACAAGCCCUGGGGGAGCCUAGGGUAGGGCAGAGCUGCCGGGACAAGGGGAGCAGAGUGUGCUGGGAUGGCCAGGUGCAGCUGGGAGACUCCACAAAGUGGCAUGAACUUGUUCCUGGGCACUGUCCUGCUGCUCCUGCUGCUGCCUGAUGUUGCCGUAGGACAGAACAGCUGUUCUGCCCUGGCUCGGGGUGAUGAGCACCCCGAGUGCUGCAACAUGACGGUGGAGCAGCAGAGCCCCGGCGACAGCCGCCACAUCCUCGGCUUGUCGCGGCGCUGCCCGGAGCUGUGGCGCUCCGCCAGCCGCGCCUGUGCCUGCCUGCGGGAGCGCUCCUUCAGGCUGCUGCAGUCGGGGCAGCACAGCUGGCUGGAUGGCCUCAAGACGCUGCUCAUGAUUGUCACCAGGGCUGUCCCCCGUGACAUCCUCAUCGCCUUCUCCCCCACUGAGGGCCCCAGCAGGCUGAACACCACAGAGAAAGGGAAUGCAGGUAAAAUCCACCUCCCCAAGGAGAUAUUCCGGUCCCUGAGUAACAAAACGGUGCCUGUGGUGGUGACAGUCCUCAAUAUCCAGCAGCUUGGCAUGUUCAAGGUACAGGCUGGCAUUGCCAGCAUCCUUCAUGCUGCCACCAGCACUUGCCACCCACCAGCUCAGCUCUUGCAGCGCUUCCCCUCCACAGGAAAACAAACAGACAGCUCAGGUGCUGGACAACACCGUGGUGGGCAUCACAGUGGGAGAGAGCAGCAUCUCGGGGCUGCAGGAGCCUGUGCAGCUCACCUUCACCCACAGGGAGCUGCCCCAAGUGAGUCAGCCCUGCCUCCCUCCCUCUCCCCUCCAGUGCCCAUCCUGUGCCAUCGGCUGACGCUGCUCUCCCCCUGCAGGGCAUCACCCCUCAAUGUGUCUUCUGGGAUCCCAGCAAAGGUACACCCUGCUGGGGGCAGGUGUGGGGCUGGCACAGCUGCUGUACAGCACUCACAGCUGCUCCCCGUGCCUGUUGCAGGGCAGGCUGGAGGCUGGUGCAGCAGGGGAUGUGUCACACAGACCGGGGACAAGGGGACAGUCUGCUCCUGUGACCACCUCAGCUUCUUCACCCUCCUCCUGAACCCAGCUCUGGAUGGCUCCACAGCAAAAGCUUUGACAGCUGUUGCCACCGCUGGCUGUGGAGUAGCCAUGGCUUUCUCCAUCUUCACCAUGGCCUUCUGCAUCUUCAUAAGGUGCAGGUUCAGGUUUGAGGAGACCGUCCGCACCAACCUGGGGCUGCACGUGAACCUCAUGGGCAGCCUGUUCCUGCUCAACCUGGCCUUCCUGCUCAACAGUGGGCUCGCUGGCAGGACCCACCCAAGCACCUGCAGGGUCCUGGGGGGGUUCACCCACUACUGCCUGCUCUGCUGCUUCACCUGGACAGCACUGGAGGGCUGCCAGCUCUACCUGCUCUUCGUCAAGGUCCUCGGCAUCUACAUCCACCACUACCUGGCCAAGCUGUGCCUGGUGGGCUGGGGCUUCCCUGUUCUUGUGGUGGGAAUAGCAGGAGCUAUUGGCAGCUAUGGAGAAUACAGCAUCCAGACCAUGGACCACCAGGACAUAGCCAACCUGUGCUGGAUCACUUCCAAACAUCUUCUGGUCCACUACAUCACCAACUGUGGCUACUUUGGCCUCAUCUUCCUCUUCAACAUGGCUAUCUUUGGGGUGGUGACCCAGAAGAGCUGCAGCUUGCAGGGCACUGGGGCAGUGCAGGGAAACCAAAAUCCCUGGAAGGUGGCUCUGGUGGCAGCAGGGCUUUUCUGCCUGCUGGGAGCCACUUGGGCCACGGUGUUCCUCACCUAUGGCAUCUCCUCCACAGCCGUGCUGUACCUCUUCACCAUCCUCAACUCUUCCCAAGGAAUCUUCAUAUUCAUCUGGUUGGUUGUCCUCUACUACCCAAAGACCAGGGAGACCACUGGUUCCCUCUCCUACAUCAUCAGACAUGACAAAACUACCACAGCUUCCCAGGACUAGCUCCUGGCUGGACCAGCUCCUGGCUGGACAUCUCUUCCUGCCUGCACCUGCAUCCACUGAGAGCAGUCUUUGAUCCUGGCAGAUGCAGCUUCCUCACAGAGGCAGAGAUCAGUUAACCAUGCCUCAGUUUACCCUCCAGUGGGCAUGAUCCACCUCAGCAGGGCUCUUUGCUUUGUCCCUUUCAUUCCUGGUGGACUGCCCUGGGCAAGGAGUUCCAGAGAUGAUGCUUCUACAAAGUCCCUCCAGGCUGCAGUUCCAUGGUCUUGAGGUGCCCCUGAUCUCAUUCCCCAAGGGACAAGGAGGAAGCCCACAAGGCACCUGCCUUCAGCCAGGAUGGAGCCAUCACCUCUUUGCUAGAGGUGGCUUUUGGUGCUGAAUCAGCCUGGUAGUGAGUUUCCUGCCACUGGAGGGAGAGGAUUGACUUGCUUCAGACCAGAUGUGGGAGGUUUGCAUCUGGGAAUCAGCAAAAAGAAGAGGAAAUCCAUGAGCUUCUUUGCAAAACAUCUCCUUGCUCUCUGGCAGAGAUCUGCUGCAUGUCCGUCCUGCAAAACAGCCUCUGGGGCCAGCAGCAAUUCCUUCAUGGACGUUGUGCUCUAGCCAAAAUGCACACACAGCUGCCUUGCAGGGCAACUGCUGUCUUCUCCUGAUCUGUGUUUUGGUAUUAAAUCCCUGGCAGCUG